AUGGCGGGAUUCACAAAAAAAGAUCUAUAUAACCAUUUUGACAGAUCGAGGCGUGCUAAGAUAAAAGAUGGUGAUGCACAUGCAGCAUUGAGUUACCUAAUUUCUAAGGCAGAUGAAGAUCCACUAUUGCAAGGAAAGUUUACUUUGAAGGAUGGUAAGCUUGAUAAUUUAGUGUGGGCUGAUGGAUCUAGCAUCACUGAUUACCAAUGUUUUGGUGAUGUGUUGGCCUUCGACACGACAUACCAAAAAAAUAAGUAUAAUAGGCCGUUGGUUGUCUUCUCAGGAACAAAUCAUCAUGGACAAACAUGCAUUUUUGGUUGUGGUUUAUUAUCCGAUGAGAAGCGGGAAACCUAUGUUUUGGUGUUGAAUAUGUUCAUGGAGAUAAUGGGUAAUAAACAACCUAUAGCCGUGGUGACAGAUGGAGAUCUUGCAAUGAGGGAGGCAAUAAAAGAAGUUCUUCCAAACGCUGCACACCGUCUUUGUGCAUGGCAUCUAUACCAGUUUGAGAGAAGAUGGCAUAACUUGAUAUCUGAGUACGGGCUUUUUGAGAAUGAAUGGUUGCAAAAGACAUACGGGAUCAAAGAAAUGUGGGCUUCCUCAUAUUUAAAUGAUAAGUUUUUCGGUGGAAUCAGGACUACGUCACAAUGCGAAGACAUUGAGAAGCAAGCUGCCGAUAUUUUUACUAGAAACAUGUUUAAAGAGGUUCGGUGUGAGAUAGAAGAAGCUGGCAAAUUAAAUGUUGUUACACAUUCAGUAAGCAACAAUGAAGUUAAGGUGAGAAUAAAUAAAUACAGGCAACUCGGGAGGGAAUGUGAAGUACAAUAUGAUAAAGUCACUAAAAAGUUUGCUUGUGAUUGUCGUUUGUUUGAAAGUCGUGGCAUUCCAUGUUGUCAUAUUCUCUGUAUUAUGAGACAUGACCACAUCGAUAUCAUUCCUGAUACUCUUGUCUGCACGAGGUGGACUAAAAAUGCUAAGAAGGAUUAUGUAUGUUCAGUUACAUCCACAGAAACUGACUCUGAAAAUAUUGCUGGUAUUAGAUAUGGUGCUCUAGCAACACUGUGUUUCACAUUAUGUGAGUCGGCAUCAAAGAAUCGAGAUGACUUCAUGGAGAUUAGAGAUGACAUUUUUGGACUAAUCCAAAAGCUUAAAAAGAGACGCGAUCCCGAGUCCAAGGUUCUUUCUAAUGCGUGUAUGGUCGGUGACCCAACUGUUGUGAAGACAAAGGGAGCCCCUCGUCUAAAUAGAUGGGCAAUAAAAUCUCGUAAGUGUUCUCAUUGUACAUGUCGUGGUCAUACGAUUCGAAGGUGUCCCGAAUUAUACAGCAGAGACGUCCUACAUACUAGUCAUCACCAAUCGAGUGAUGAACUCAAUGAUGUGAAGAGUUAUUCUGAGGAAGAAACAAAUUACCAAAGCAAUGAUGAGAGCAAUGUUCAGAGUGUAGAUCGCAGAUAUUUUAGUGACAAUGGAACAAAUAAAUUAGCUACACAAAAGAAUAAGAAUGGAGUUAAGGCUACCAAGGAUACAAGAGUUGAUGACACAAGUCUAAGGUCCAAAAAGCAUAAACGAAGAUGUUCUAAUAUACAUAAGGCACAUAAGAGUGGACAACCAAAUAACCAUGAUAUUGGAAAAACAUGUCAACCUAAUCUAAUAGAUCAUGUGAAGCUCCAGAACCAGCAUUUGAAUGAAUUACCUGUGUAUCCUACCUUUUCAGGAUUUUCCGUUCCAUCUUAUCAUCCAUACAAUGGAACACCAUUGUACCAGUCAUAUUCUCCAUAUUAUUAUAAUGUGCCUAAUGAAAAUCUAUUUUGGAAUGGAGAGGUUCAUGAUCUUAAUAAAAAUAGAAAGCAGUGA